AUGUACCAGUCCUACUAUCCAAUCGGCACCGCUGGCCACAGAGCCACUUCGCUGUACAACUACCACCCCCACUCAGCCUACUACCCCAUCCAUCCUGGUGCAUCCAUGGCUCCUCCUCCUCCACCUCCAUAUGUUCCCGCAUAUUCUGUUCCCCAGCACCAGCUCCUCCCGCUGACGAACCAGUCACUGGUGGUAUAA